AUGUUGACCGUACUGUAUAAUGGAAACGUGAUCCAGUGCCCUCGCUUGGUGGCUUCGGUGUCGGCUGGCAGCAGCUACGAAAACACGCUGCAGUACACUUGCGCGGCGUGCUCUGUAGUGCACGUGCUCUGCCACGGACAGGACGUGCUCGGCGGAGCUGUCAUCGCCAUACCGCAGACCAAGAUGAUCAGCUUUAACUUCCCCAGUUUCGAAGACACUCAAUCGUGCGCGUACGUGGGAGUGUUUGAGAAAGACAAGAAGACUUAUAAGAAGAUAUUGGCUGUCAUAGAGAUGGUGACUGUCAAUCAAGUAGAACUUCUGCCUCCACCGAAAGAGGGCCAGCCAUUUCAACAUGAGGCGACAUUUAGCUGCGACUCCUGCGGUGUGGAAGAGGUAACGGUCAACGGGAUACCUCUGGAAACAUCACUGCGAAGGAACACUAUUGGAUCAAUUGCCUUUUAUACUGCUACGGCAUCGUCCGUCACAGUCCGGUUCACCGAAUACUCGCCCACGUACGAGGGUGUGUACCAGGCUAAGUUUGUGGGAGACGGGGAGACUGCGACCAAGACCAUCUUCGAGAUUGGUUAUGGCGACAAACAGCAGAGUGUGACAACGGCUGCGCCACAGACUACUCAAGCACAAGAAACCAAAACCGAAGAAACCAAAACCGAAGAAACCAAAACCGAAGAAACCAAAACCGAAGAAACCAAAACAGAAGAAACCAAGACCGAAGAUACCAAAACCGAAGAAGCCCAAGUAGAAACAACUACAAUUACAGCAAGCAUGUGAAAUAAUUAAAUUAAUUAUUAAAAAAAAUAUAAAUAAUAAAAAAAAAUAUUUAGUCUUUUUAUUAUAGGUCAGUCUGU